AUGUCUCGGGUGUCGCAAAACGAGAGCGCGCGGUUUACGGCCGAGCCAGGGGCACGUCAACAGCAAUGGCCGAAGGCGAAGAGGCGCCGCCGGGCAGCUGGGAGAAGGAACUUGCAGAAGCCCUGGAAGAAGGAGGCUGUGAUCUAGAAACUGUAAGAAACAUAAUUCAAGGAAGACGAUUGCCUGAUGAUCUGAGGGCUAAAGUCUGGAAGAUUGCAUUAAAUGUUGUAGGGAAAGGAGAUGGUCUAGCAUCCUGGGAUGGUUCUUUAGAUCUACCAGAACAGAGUAUAAUAUAUAAGGAUUGCCAGGAGCUAAUUGACCAGCUGUCAGUUCCAGAAGAGGAGAAGUCAGUAUUACUUUUGGACAUUGAGUCUGUUAUUACCUUUUAUUGUAAGUCACGUAAUGUUAAAUACUCUUCUUGUCUCGGCUGGAUACAUUUACUCAAGCCGCUGGUUCAUCUUCGAAUUCCACGUAGUGAUUUGUACAACUGCUUUUAUGCAAUCAUGAACAAGUAUAUUCCCAGGGAUUGUUUUCUGAAGGGGAGACCAUUUCAUCUCUUUAGGCUGCUUCUCCAGUACCAUGAACCAGAACUCUGCUCUUUUCUUGACACUAAGAAGAUGACACCAGACUCAUAUGCACUCAACUGGCUUGGAAGCCUCUUUUCUUAUUACUGCUCAGCUGAAGUCACUCAGGCAAUAUGGGAUGGAUACCUACAACAAGCAGAUCCAUUCUUUAUGUAUUUUCUAAUGUUAAUCAUGCUUGUCAAUGCAAAAGACACCAUCUUGGCACAAGAAUUGGACAGAGAAGAAAUGAUAAAAUUCCUAGAGACUUCCCCAACAAAUCUGGACAUAGAAGAUAUAGAAGAUCUUUUCUCUCUGGCACAAUAUUAUUGUAGCAAAACUCCAGCUUCUUUCCGAAAGGACAACCACAGUCUUUUUGGCAGCAGCUUGCUGGGACUCAAGGAUGAUGACACAGACUUGAGCCAAGCUCUCUGUCUAGCAAUUUCAGUAUCUGAGAUUCUUCAAGCAAAUCAGCAACAAGGGGAAGGAGUAAGGUUCUUUGUAGUGGAUUGUCGUCCUGCAGAGCAGUAUAAUGCUGGGCAUUUAUCAACAGCCUUUCACUUAGACUCAGACUUGAUGCUCCAAAACCCUUCAGAAUUUGCACAAUCUGUAAAAUCUUUGUUAGAAGCACAGAAGCAGUCCAUUGAAUCUGGCUCCAUAGCUGGUGGAGAACACCUCUGUUUCAUGGGAAGUGGCAGGGAAGAAGAGGACAUGUAUAUGAACAUGGUGCUGGCACACUUUUUACAGAAAAACAAAGAAUAUGUAAGCAUUGCCAAAGGAGGAUUUAUGGCACUCCAGCAGCAUUUAGCAGAUAUUAAUGUAGAAGGACCAGAAAAUGGAUAUGGCCACUGGAUUGCUAGUACCUCGGGCUCAAGAAGUAGCAUAAACUCCUCUGUUGACGGUGAUUCUCCUAAUGGCUUAAGUGAUGGGAAAGGCGUGAAGUCCUUGGUAAAUAAAAUGACUGUUGCUUUGAAGACUAAAUCUGUGAAUGUGAAAGAGAAAGUUAUUAGUUUUAUUGAAAAUACAUCAACUCCUGUGGAUAGAAUAUCUUUCAAUCUUCCCUGGCCAGACAGAGCAAGCCUGGAGCGACAUGUCAGCAGCAGUGACCGACUGGGGAAACCCUACCGUGGUGUAAAACCAGUAUUCAGCAUUGGAGAUGAAGAAGAAUAUGAUACUGAUGAAAUUGAUAGCUCCUCAAUGUCAGAUGAUGAUCGAAAAGAGGUGGUUAACAUCCAGACAUGGAUAAACAAGCCAGAUGUAAAAUAUAAUUUCCCAUGUAAUGAGGUGAAAGAAAAUGGACACAUGUUUCCCAGUCAUCUCUUAGUUACUGCAACACACAUGUAUUGUUUGCGGGAGAUUCCAUCGCGAAAAGGAUUGGCUUAUAUACAGUCUCGUCAGGCACUAAAUUCUGUAGUUAAAAUCACAUCCAAGAAGAAACACCCCGAACUAAUCACCUUUAAAUAUGGAAACAGCAGUACUUCGGGCAUAGAAAUUUUGGCAGUUGAAAGAUAUUUAAUUCCAAAUGCAGGUGAUGCUACCAAAGCCAUUAAACAACAGAUCAUGAAAGUUCUGGAUGCUUUGGAGAGCUAAUGAAAUAAAAGACUUAGAAGAUAAUGGUUUAGAAAGAAGAAGCAACCAUCUGGACACAAAAUGACUGCUUCCUACCUGAAUACUAACUGAAGAGAAUGGUUCUGUUUGCUGCCAGGAGUGUUUGAGUAGCAGGCUUAAGAUAGGGUAAAUUAUUAUCAAUUUCUGAGCAGGUUUUUUAAUUCUUUAUUUUUGUUUAACAUUUUCAGGGGGUUUUGCAGAAGUUGUUUAUUAUAAAGGUCAUUUUGUUUGGGUUUUUUUAAGCCACUUUAAUGUAGCUGACUUGUACGUUCCAGGACGCAGAAUGCAGCUCAGUUUUGUAGAACCGCUAUCAAGAAAAUGUAGCUCUUUUAGGUACAAAAAUAGUAGAAAAUGGAAAUAUUUUAAGUGACCUUGAAAAUUAGAAGUCAGAAAUGACUUAUGACUUAACAUCUGUAAAUUUGGGUUUUCCUGCUGGGUAGUAUCAAGGACUCAUAACAAUACUCAGGUUUUUAAAUGGAAGAAAGAAAAGCUCAGUAACUCUACUUCCUCCUCUUAAAAUGACUGGAACCCAAUUAAAAGAAUCUUGGACUCCCAACUGACUGCAAAAUGAAAACCAUUCUGUGAAACUUUUUAAAUAUCCUCUGAACUAUCAGGUAAAAUAAUUUGAAUGGGUAAAUGAUGAGAUGCAAAAUACUAACCUGAAGUGUGGACAAUAUUAAUCUUAUGACAGGGUUAUGGCUUUGAAGUUAUGCAAACUAACAGUUUCCAGGAGAAAAGCACUAUUCCUGUUUGUAGUAAAAGUAGGUGGGCACCUUGCUAUUGGAAUUCAUGUGUUAUGUGAUAGCAUAAGAGUUGAAAAUAAGCUGUCUGUCUCCCAGAAGAGUAAGAUAUCUGUUCUCUGGGUUUUUUUAAGAACCUUCAGUUCAGCAUAGAUGGAUUUUGCACUAACUUGUAGGUGUGCUUGAAGCAAGACUAAUGCACACAAAUAAAGAGAUCCAAGCAAUGUAUAUAUCUGAUAAUUGUAUUAAUUGAAUGUUGUCUUCAUUCAGUGUUUUCAAGUCAUUUGUUCUGUUUUUUCCUUUCAACCACAUCCAAAUACUUUAAUGUCUGAGAAACCAACAAUUAUUCUACACGAAAUCUUCAGCUUUCAUACUUAAAAUAACUUUGGUUCUGGAAUGAUCCCGUUAUGGCCAUAGUAUAACUGGUCAUGGGAAAACUACCAAAAUCUGUAGAAUAAUUAUUAAGGGGAUUAGCUGUGCUGUGUGGAAUCUGCUGAGUAUUUGCUGGUCAUAAAAUGUAAAAACUCAUGUAUCGUAAAAGAGAUCAAGUAAAACUGACCUUUAUAAUAAAUAGCUAUUCUACGUUAUUUUUAGUAGGAAUCGAGCUAAGGCACCUUAAUUCUGGAACUAACUCCUUUUUAAUAUCUGAAUAAACACCAAUAGAACUUGAACUACUGAACAUAUUUGCAUGAAACUGCACUUGGGCCCAUGAUCCUGUAUUUAUAGUUCUGCCCUGCAGCUGUUGUCUUACAUUUUCCUCCUCCUAUCCCCUUCCAAAAAUCUCCUGAAGAGCCUCCUGACUCUGUGCCUACUUCAGCAAUGAGAUUUUUCAUAAUGUUAAUGUAAAGAUGUUUGUGUUACUGUUUAUAAACCACAGUUGUAAAUAAAGCAGUACAAUUUGAACAUAAAUUGUUCUGACCAGA